AUGAUGAGCUGGAGAUCAAGCUGGGAUGGGUCUGGGGGGUCUUGCGCUCAUCAGAGGAAUCCAAAGACAUCUAAACUUCAAACUCACCCAAUAAAAGGGCCUGGAUGGCCUAGCGGUAACCAUCACCCACGGAAGCUCGGUGUCUCCCCUGCGACGACAUAGUAUAAUCACUUCGAAGAGAGUGACGAGUCCGGCGUUCGAAUCCCGGCAGACCCAACCCCUGGCCGCUACCACUUCCGAUCUUGGACAACUACACACUACCCCAUUUUCACUUUCAAACCCUUUAUUAGUUGUCCCCUUUAUAAAAAACCCCAAUUUCACUUUCAACACCCGUUACCCAAUUUGAAUCAGCCUGAAAAAUGGUUGCACCCAAUCUGUCCCCCAAUUAUAAAAAUCCUCAAGUAGAUGAAACUGUCUCU